AUGUUCUACCGUACUUGGGAUGGUCUGCCCGAGGACCCGUACUUUCCUUCCGACCUGGAGAAGCUGGGCUAUUUUGUCAACGAGUCCGAUGAGAUACGCUCACUUGAGGAUGAGAAGUACUACUUCAAGUUCUUCAUCAACAAGAACCAGCGCUACAAUGAUCGUCAGCGCUUCGCCAUGAAUGAGGCCGUCGAGAAGGUAGUCCACCAGCGCCUCGAGGCCCUCGGCCUGAAGAAGACGCUGCUCCCCCUGGGCACGACCGACAUCUCGCAGCCGCACCUGCCCGUCUUCGUCUCGUCCGACAUUAAGGAUAAGUCGCGCGUCGUCGUCGUCAUCGGCGAGACGUACCAGGACCUGGGCAUCCUGGCGCACCGCGUGCUGGGCGGGCCCGGCGGCGUCGACAACGGCAGCAUGGUCUCGGUGGUCAAGACGCUGCAGGCCCAGCCGUCAUCCCCUACCGACAGCGACGACCACGAUGCCUCGCCCCCUGGCAUCAUCCUCGCCAACACGGGCCAGACGGUCUGGUCGCCCGCGCUGCGCCGCACCCUGACCCUGGUGGGCUCCGGCGGCGCGCCCAUGCCGAGCGCCGUGCACGCGGGCCCGCGGUGGGACGGCGAGCGGGAGCGCGUGCCCGGCAACGGCGACGCCCGGGAGCACAUUGCCUACGUCUUCGAGCAGGUGGUGCCGGCCCUGGUCGGCGCGGGCGCGGGGCUCGACGUCAUCGCCGUGGGCGACGGCGCCGACGCCCUCGAGCAGUACCUGGACUGGCCCGUGACGUGGGCGAGGCUCGCGGGCCGGCUCAACUGCCUCGCCAUCGUGGGCGGGUACCACGCCGCGGACAACAUCAAGUGCAGCGCGUUUCGCGAGUUCUUGCGAAAGAAAGCACGCGCGUACGCCACGUCCUCGGACCCGCUGGGCACCCCGAUCUCGGGCCCGGACGGCAACGCGAACACGACCGCCUUCACGCGCCUGGGCUGCCCGCUCUUCAGCGGCGGUGAGCCGCACUACGUCGAGGCCCUGCUGGGCGCCUGCCUGCCGCACCUGGCCGGCUGGCUUGCCGAGGUCGCGCGCGCCGGCCGCGGCAACUACGCCAACCCGGCCAUGGCCGUCAUGUACGCCGACCCGGGCCUGGGAGGCGACGACGACGACGGGGAGGAGGAGGAGGAGGACCCUUGGAGCAAGUACACGAGCGCUCCGGUCCGCGAGCAGUCGCCCACGGAUUUCGGCGCCGGCCCGGCUACGGAGGUCUGGGAUGGCCAGGGCGGUGGCAAGAGAGAGGACGAGGAUGAGGAUGACGAGAUUAUCAGGGAGCUCGAGAAGGGCCUUAUCUUUCACUGA